AUGCCGCGCACCGGUUUCGGGGAAUUGCGGGUUCACCUACGAACCCUUCAGUGUCUUGGAGUCCUGCGGUUCGACAUAGAUUUUGACAAGUGUUUGGUGCGAAUAGAAGCCUCCGAGCAGCGUCGAACCCGCUGGUUCCUGGCGGGUGUCACAGUAUUUAGCUGCAGUCUGAUUAUUUAUAGCUGCUGGUAUCCGGAACACUUUAUUAUGGGCAAGCAUAACAACACGGGAAACUGUUAUGCCUUGAUCAACUUCCGGUCCUGUGCCCUGACCACUCUCCUGGUGUAUAUUCAGCUCUAUGCUCGACGUUGUCGCUUUGCCAAACUGCUACAAUCGAUGAUGAACCUCAAUCAAAUCUGUAUAAAUGAUAAUGGAAUAUCCAGCUUCGGCUUCCCCUACAUUCUGCAUUUGGUUCUCUUUGUGAUCUGCAUGCUUAACUAUGCCCAUGGCUACUGGGUGGCUGGGGUCUCCUGGAUCACCAUUCCCAUUUAUCUUCUUCAAUACGGUUUCUCGUACCUCAUCCUGGGCCAACUGGUCGUCCUUUUUGCCUGCUUCCAGCGCAUCCUGCUCUCAACUCUGAGACACUACAACAGGACGCUGCUGAAUAAUCUCAAGUUAGGCGGAAUGGAGAGCGGGAAAUUGUAUGAAAACUUUCGCGAUUAUAACCAGUUGCUGUGGCUAAGCCAUGAGGAGAUAAAUCAAUGUUUUGGCCUACUGUUGCUACCAAUAACCGGGUUUGCACUCCUCAUAACCCCCUCGGGACCCUUCUUUCUGGUGUCCACCAUCUUCGAAGGCCGCUUUCGUCAGGCAUGGCGUUUCGUUUUCAUGUCCUUAACGGCCAGCUUUUGGAGUGUGCCAUGGGUGACUUUGCUGGUGCUGAUGAUGGGCACUACCAAUGUCCAGCAGGAGGUGAGUAAUAGGACAAUAGGUUCCUUCGAGUCUGCUUUAUCCUACCACAAUCAUUAG